AUGCAGACUGCUUCUACAAACAUUUAUGAAAGACUGUGCAAUAAGUCAAUCAGUGAAAUUUCCUUGUUACUAAAUAUUCCACAGUAAACUGUUAGUGAUAUUAUAACAAAGUGGAAGCAACUGGGAACAACAGCAACUCAGCCGCGAUGUGGUAAGCUGCAUAAAAUGACAGCACAGGGUCAGUGCAUGUUGAAGCACACUGUGCGCAGAAGUCGCCAACUGUCCGCAGAGUCAAUAGCUAAAAUCCUCCAAACUUUGUGUAGUCUUCAGAUUAGCACAACAACAGAGCAUAGAGAGCUUAAUGGAAUGGGUUUCCAUAGCCGAGCAGCUAAAUCCAAGCCUUACAUCACCAAGUGCAAUGCAAAGCGCCCGAUGCAGUGGUGUAAAGCAUGCCGUCACUAGAAUCUA